CCCAUCCGAUAUCUUCUUCAAUCCAUCUCCAUUUUCCUCCCAAUUUUCUUUCCAACCAAACAGCCAUGGACCUGCAUUCUCUCCACAAAGGUGACAAAACCAACGCAAAUCACCCCGACAAACACCACCAGCACCAACCGACCAAUGCCGAGCUGAUGUCCAGCGCCAAGAUAGUGGCGGACGCGGCGAAAUCCAGCCUCGGAAAGGAUUCCAGCGAGGUGGACAAGGCCAAGGUCGCCGGAGCCACCGCCAACCUCCUCAACGCCGCCAAUCACUACGGGAAGCUGGACGAGAAGGGCUACGGCAAGUACAUCGACAAGGCUGAAGAUUAUCUCGAGAAGUACUCCCAUACCUCCACCACCACCACCACCGGUGGUCAUGGCCACUCGACCACCACUACCACCACCACAACCAGCCAUUCGUCCUCACAUUCCGGUGGUGAGGGCAAAACUGGAGGUGGGUAUGGAGACUACCUCAAGAUGGCUCAAGGUUUCUUGAAGAAAUAAUUGGGGGUCCCACUUUUGGGAUAUCUUUGUGUGCCUUAUCCAAAACCCCAAAUAUAUAUGUGUUGUUGUUGUUUAAAUUACCAGUUUAGAUUGUAAAUAAUUUGACAAAUCUGUCAAAUGUGGACAUUAUGUAAUCUUCUCCUAAUAUUGUAACGUAUGUGGGAUUGUUGAAUCUUAUAUAUACUGGAAUGUAUGGUGUUUUUAGUAUUUA